ACCGGGUAGAAUCCCCCAGAUCAAGAUGGCGUCGUCCAUGGGUGGGAUGUUUCCCGGUCAGCAGCAGCCGCCCGGUGCGCAUCCCGUCGCGGGUCCAGGAGGACCGGGCCAACCGGGCUUCCCCGGUACCGCUGCUAGGGCUCCGGGAAACAACACGCUCGUGGACGAACUGGAGGCUUCCUUCGAGGCAUGUUUUGCGUCCCUGGUGAGCCAGGACUACGUGAAUGGAACCGACCAGGAGGAGAUUCGAACUGGUGUUGACCAGUGCAUACAAAAGUUUCUGGACGUUGCUCGACAGACGGAGUGCUUCUUCCUGCAGAAAAGGCUCCAGUUGUCUGUGCAGAAACCAGAGCAGGUGGUGAAAGAGGAUGUGUCAGAGUUACGUAACGAGCUGCAGCGAAAAGAAUUGCUGGUUCAGAAGCACUUGUCCAAAUUGCACCACUGGCAACAAGUGCUCGAGGAUGUGAGCGUUCAACACCGCAAACCCUCUGACCUUCCUCCCCCCGGACCACUGGCCUUCCUGGAGCAGGCCUCUGCCAGUCUGCCCCCUGCCCCUCUGAAACCAAACUAACACACGAGAACUCAAGGAAAGUACACAGCAUCAUGUGCUGUCAACCUCGGAGGGAACUGGAGAACAAUUUGCUGUCCAGGGAAAAUCAUUCAUACAGAUUUUCUGGAUUUCCACUUUCUUUCAGUGUUUUUGAUUCAUGUAAAUAUUUCUGCGAUCUUUUUUUUUUUUUAACUGUAAAAAUAAAAUACAAUUUGUGACUUUUGAA